AUGCUCGCCGCCAGAAACUUCUCUGCUGCUCGCCAGUGCCUGCGGUCCGUCCGUGUGACCCCCAGCUUCGUGGCCCCCGUCUCGCAGAUCCGUGGCUUCGCUGCUCCCGCCGACGAUGCCGUCGCCAAGUUCAAGGGCCAGAAGGGUCCUGAUGGCAAGUACACUGUCACUAUGAUUGAGGGUGAUGGUAUCGGUCCUGAGAUUGCUCAGUCCGUGAAGGAUAUUUUCGAGGCCGCCAAGGCCCCCAUCAAGUGGGAGCCCGUCGAUGUCGGUCCCAUUCUGAAGGACGGCAAGACCGCCAUUCCCGACGAUGCCAUUGCUAGCGUCAAGAAGAACUACGUUGCCCUCAAGGGUCCCCUGGCUACCCCCUACGACGGUGUCGACACUGUCCUGAUCCGUGAGAACACCGAGGGUGAAUAUUCCGGCAUUGAGCACGUUGUUGUCGACGGUGUUGUGCAGAGCAUCAAGCUCAUCACCAAGGAGGCCUCCGAGCGCGUCCUGCGUUUCGCUUUCCAGUACGCAGAGUCCAUCAACAAGAAGAAGGUCCGUGUUGUGCACAAGGCUACUAUCAUGAAGAUGUCCGACGGUCUGUUCCUCAACACUGCCCGCGACAUCUCCAAGGACUUCCCCGGUGUUGAGUUCGACGCUGAGCUGCUGGACAACUCGUGCCUGAAGAUCGUCACCGACCCCACCCCCUACAACGACAAGGUUCUUGUCAUGCCCAACCUGUACGGUGACAUUCUGUCCGACAUGUGCGCCGGUCUGAUCGGUGGUCUUGGUCUGACUCCCUCCGGUAACAUUGGUGACGAGUGCUCCAUCUUCGAGGCCGUCCACGGUUCCGCCCCCGAUAUUGCUGGCCAGGGCCUUGCCAACCCCACUGCCCUGCUCCUGAGCAGUAUCAUGAUGCUGCAGCACAUGGGUCUCCACGACCACGCCAACCGCAUCCAGAAGGCUAUCUUCGACACCCUGGCUGAGGGCAAGGCCCUUACUGGUGACCUUGGUGGUAAGGCCAAGACCCACGAGUACGCUGACGCCAUCAUGAAGCGUCUGUAA